ACCACACUGCUAUCGAGUAAAAAGGACGAGGGUAAUUUUCAUAUCUACAUGGUAAAUGAUAGUGAGACUGAAGUAGUACUCUCUAGUCUGAACAAGCUGCAGAGCGUACAAAAUAAAAUAAAUGCUAAGUUUUUCAGUAUUCUUAGGGAUCAUUGGGAUGAUUUAGUGAAUAUAGGACUGGUCAUGCCUAGCAUUCUGUCUUCUAUUAAUAGGAAGGAAGGGGAAGAUAGACUCAGAAGGCUCUGGUUGAAGAACAAAAAGAUUAUGGAUUAUUUCUCUGUUCAAGACUUGAUCAACAUAUGGGAGAAGAACAUUCAAGCGGCGCAUUACGAACAAUAUCUCUUGCAACUAGCCGAUGCUUUGGUGGGAUAUAAGAUCUACUUCCACCAAUACGGGAGGGAUGCGUAUUUCAAAUCAAUCAUGAGCUACAGCUUUCAAUCAUGAAAUCCUAUCUGGAGGAAGAAUCGCUAUUCCCAGUUUCCUCUAUCCCUGCCAAUCCUGCAACAACGGCUAGGCUACAUCCUCAGCAUCAACAGAAGCAGAAGGCUUGUCUUUCCUCGCUAAUAAACUGCUUCCCGAGCUAGAAGAAGGAACAAGGGUUUUCGCCUAUUCCAUGCAAAAGACGGCUCUACUUCUUUGCCUAUUUAUUUUCUAACAACCCUGGCCGCAUCCUUGACUUCGAAACAACCAACAGGAGUUCCUCCCAUCAGCUCAAUGGAAUGAAUUCUCUUGCAGUGCAGCCCUGGUGAUAAUACCAUUAGGAGGUGAUUGCGAGUCCACUAUGAGAUCGGGUACUUCCACUAGUCCUAUUCCUUUGCCGGGCAUGAUUUGUCUAUCAACGAUUCUCAAGUCGAGUAGACUCUCUCUUACCGCGAUGCUCAUUAUCUUCCGGUUCAGGGAAUCAGGACCUACAUCUCGUGUGGGCUAGAACCAGCCAAUAGCUUGACUCCGUUCACCGCUGCUUCCUUCAUCCGAUAUUGCUAGUCCAACGGAAAGCUUUGCUUAGCUUACUGGACUUAAGAGCUUUCUGACUUGUCUCGAAAAGGCCGUCUCACUGUGUACGGAAGGCUCAGUUUACUCGCGGUCCAUUCCACCACGAAAGGGAGAAAGGUACUGCUAUCAUGGGGAACACCUAUCUUUGAAAUCCUAUCUUUCAGCUAACGCUAGUCUAGUCUCCAUUGGAAUAAAUAGGGCCAGCCUGGCUCAACCAGAUGAAUAGUUUAUCUAUCAGCAGGGUCGGGGCAUAGCGUAGAAGUUCGGUCAGUCUCCGUUGGCACGGUACACUUUGUUCACUUUGUUUUUAAUACGUUACUUUUCGGCUUAAUAAUAACAAGCAUUAUUCCUGGGCACCGGCAACCCUACUACUGACCAGGGAAGAGAUCAUGAAUAGGGCGUGGUGCAAAUCUAGUAAAUGGUGCCGUCUCGUAUCAGUGAACGUUGUUUGCUUGAUGGAUUGACGGAAGUCCGCUAUUGAUUCGGGAACCACAAGUCGAAUAGGAAUACGUAGAUCAAUCUCUGAAAGCUGCCAGUCCAGAGUAGCUUAUUGGAAAUGUCCUCUGGAUUGAGUCCCUCGAUAUAGCAAUAUUAUUUGCCGAGUCAAGUAUAGUUCAAGUACUACUGCCAACAGGCGCAGGCUAUUAGUCUGAUUCCCUAGUAGCAAAAGUGGAUUCCCUCAUUCAGAAGUAGAUUACAUACAGACAGACAGGCCCGCAUUGCUUCGAUCCAGAGGUUCUUCUGCGAAUCCCUACCAUUACUGGACAAGAGUGGUGGACUCCCAUCCCUGAAACCAGCAGACGGAUCCAAUACACAUAAGACUUUUUUUCUCGGGAAAUUCCGAAUGUCAUGCCCCACAAGUUAGUUGCCCAAGCGCUCCCUAGGAGGGCAGUCUACCACAAGAUAGAGUUUGGGCCUGGAGCCAAAGCCCCAACCCCUCCAUUUUUUGUUGAGCUCAGGAAAGAAUUUAAGGAAGUCACAUCGGCCCUCAUCAAGAGGAAUCUGAUCUCGCUUUGAUUCAUCCGUUGCGCGGCGGGACCCACCACUCUCUGUAAUUUCCCAGUUCCCCAUCGUAUCAUAUCAGGUUUAGGGGCUACCUGGGAUAGAUGAGUUUAUUUGUGGUGCUACUACUUUACUUUUUCUGAGUGAAUAACGUGAGUGAGUAAGCAAGAAGUGUUAGCCUUCCCCAUUGCAAAGAAUUCCUCGCAACAAGACGGAUUUCUUCUUUCCAGAGCAGUAGUGGAAGUGUUCGUAUUUCUUUCAAAGUGCCAGAAUCCAAGUGGCAAGGAAAAGCUUUAUUUGCAUAAUGAAUCGUGAUAUAAAGAGGAUUGGAAGUGCCGUGGUUCAGGUUGCGGAGCGGUGAUACGACUUUUCCAUAUCAAAGAUUCGACUCGAAAACCUUAUGAACCUGUUUUCCUUACUUCAACUAGGUUUCUUCUUCCUUUUAUCCAUAGGAGGCAAGGAUAGCAAGGGUAACAAAACAGAUUAAGCAAUCAAACGGAUGUGCGAAGGAAAGUAGGACUUUUGACUAUGGCUGGCAUAAAAAGUUCACUUUGAUCGUACACUCUACUAGGCAAAACUGGUGUGAGUGGUUUUUACUAUGGGGGGCAUAAACAGUUGAAUAUGGAGAGUCGGCUGAGUUUAGGACAAAAAGACAAGGCGUAGUCUUUUGAGUCUGAUCAGUCUAGUGUUGCCUAUGUUGGGUAGGAAAUAAAAGAAUCAAAGCCCUCGACGUUAGCAGUUCUUAGCGGGACUCGACGUUCCUAACAGCUGUUGAGCUCUCGAAGUAUGAGAUCCUGAAUGCAUCCUCUUUCUUUCCACUUCAUCUUGGGAAUCUGGAAUGGUUGUUUAUGGCUGGGUGUGACAGAUCAGACUGAGUUUAGAAUCAGACUUUCUAUCUAUCUAUCUAGCUGUAUUGCCACUCCAACGGUUCUUUUUCUUUGAUUAUGCCCCGUAUCUCUCUGAGCCUAUUUGAUCUAUUUGCUAUAUCUAAGUUCGAGUGUGAAGUUCGCUCCGGUUGAAGUGUAGGGCUUCCUAAUUCCUGCUUCGUCCUCCUAUGAAUGCACUAGUAUAGAAGGUUGGCCCGUCACCGUAUACCAUCGUAAGAUGAACUGGAAAUUCGUAGUUUCAACCAGUUACACAAAAUAGGCAAGUUGAGGUUUGUUCAGCGUGUGUUGCCUCCAACUAUAACGAGGCCCUUUGACUUGAGGUACGAUCUUACCUCUUAACGCGCUUUCCUGCUAGAAGAAGUGAGGGUGAUGUCCAAUGACCUGUUGAAGAAGCUUGCUGUGUAGAUAGGUUUCGUGAACCUAAUGUAGAACCUGUAAACGAAAGACUAGAGUCCCGGAACCGCUGCCAUUCAAAAAGCUAUCAAUCUGAUUCGAAAUACCAAGGUUCGAAGACCUCUGGCUUUGAUUGUGUGCCCUUUCUUGUUCCUAAGGAUUUCUAACCAGACCUUACCUUAGGCGGACGUAUACUCAAUUAUCAAUAAGACUAAAUCGUGAUCGACCCGCCAUCAUCUCUUGCCUGAACUGACUUACCAGUCACAGGGCCGAGAACACAUGAUCGAGGGAAAUUUCUUUCAUCACUACGAAAACUGGUUUUGCUGAUUGACAAAACGGAUCUCUUCCCUGUGAGCCGCCUUUAGGAAAACUGCACCAAAGAUGUGUCUUUGUUCGGUUCAGAUCAACAAAGCAUUUGCUAAUACCAGUCUGAAGGCAACGCUAUGCAGCUCCAUUUCCUCUUAAAGUGAAUGGCCUUCCUAUUAUAUCGAAUAUUUGGAGUUGCGGAGUUUUUCAUAGAAUGGGGUGUAGGCAAAUACCAACGUCGGUGAUUAUAGGGAAAUAGAUGCUUUCUUACUUAUGUUCUAUACUAGCACAUCAGCACCUACCUUUUCUCAUUGCUUCGUGAGGGUAGACAAUUGCCUGACUCGUACGUAACUGGGCCUGUUGUUUUCUAGUGCUUGAUAGUCUGUAGUGUAGUCUAUGAAAAGAAAGAAGUCACUUGUUCACAAGCCAAGAGUUCCAUUGACUCCUCUCUUAUCUACGUUCAUGCUUACUUAACCAGUAGUGAAUGGAAUAAAGUAAGAAGUCUUUCCACACUCGUAACCUGUAAUUAAUGGGAGUCGGUACAGAUUGGGUGUAGUGAAGAAUGGAACCCCCUACUCUGACUUGGUCUAGUGAAUGUCAGUCCGUACUCAUACUCGGUCUAGUGAAUGAUAGGUAGGUAACAGUGAAGUAGUCGGCGCACCGAGAAGCACACGAUCUAAUCUACUCUUAUUGUCAGUCUCUCCAGAAAGAAGAAGCACACCCUUGCCUUUAUUCUCUUCUAUGUUCUUGUCUCUAGUGUGGAGUUUUUCCUGUCAUAUCUCUGAACUGGACUACCAAAACAUCUACACUGCAUCAAGCCACGUUGUAAGAACCUCGACUAAGACUAAGAAAGGAAACAUCCUAUAAAGCUCUUGCUGGGUGAUUGUUCAGGCUUCUUCCGGUGGAUUGGUAUUGGUAGAGUUUGUUUGCCGUAUCUACACAGGUAGAGAACCUUGUUUCAUAGGUUGGGCCUAUAAAUAGAUAAGCGCGAGAGUACUUUACCGGUACCGGUUUAAAGGCAUUAUUCACUCAAUUCUGCAUUAUUUCUUCUGGCAGCAGGUUAUCUUUCUGCAACGCCCAAACAAAGGUGGAACACGUACCCAGAGAUCCGAAAAGCUACUUCUCAAGAGUCCACUAAACCACUUGUCCCAGGCGCGGGCUAAAUCACUCUGGAACUGGAAUCGCCCGGCGCGAAUCAAGUAGUCGUUAUGUUUGGGAUUCAAGGCAAGCUGGAAUCAGAAUCUGCAGGAAGACAGGGAGGAUCUGGAGCCCAUGUAGGUACGGCCUAAGCUGAGCUGCUAGCGGCAUCAACUCUUUUCCCCGCAAAUAAGAAAAGUAAACAUUCCCUCCCUAGCCUACCCGCCCUUUAUUUAAGUGGAAACAACCACUAUAGGCUACUUAGACUAAAAUAAAAAAUAGGGGCCCUUCUCUAAGUCUAAGAAGGAAGCAGCAUUACUUCAUUUUUUUUACCAAGGAAUGGACUCACUUUCCACUCCUUGAGCCUGCCAUUGAAAUGAAAACAGACUUUAGGGACUCGUUUUCGAAACGAUCCGGUACCAAAUUCCAUGCUAAAAGCGGUAAUCAGAUGCCGUUACCUCUUUCUCUCUUUCUUUCUACUGGCCAUAGUCAUCUCGAUUCUCACUCCAUACCAUACGACAAUAUCUAUUUGACACAAGACAUGACAUGAUCUGGCGGAUCAGAACAGAAAUGGGUUUAGCCUUCUCCCACUCCGGAUUUGCGUAUUCCCUCGGGAAAAUGGGGUAGGCUACUUUUGAGUGAGAUGCGGUUUUCUCAAAAGCAAUCCAUCGUUUCGAGGGUGCCGGGCUAUGGUUCAGUUCGAGUCUAGUUUCCUGAAAAUAUUCCGUGGUUUUGGCCCAAGGAAAGGAGUAGUGACGGAGUUCAUUCAUUAGCAAGGAUCGGACCCAUUCCAGCUUAGAACUUACCACUAGACUCUUGGAAUAGGAAAUUGGCUUUCCCGAGAAGGGGACUAGCACUUGAUUUCGUUGCCUAAUAGAAUCCCAUUCACUCUUGACUCUUGGAAUGAGUCCGGUGGAAAGUAAAGUAGGAAGGAGGGGCGAAAUUCAGUUGUGUUGGACUAGAUUCGAGAAAUGCAUAAUCAAAGCAUUUUCCGUUCUUCAGCCAGCCAUGCCUGGAAUCCAUCGUUGUGCCAAGAAAUAGUGCAACUUUUUCCACUAGGUGAGAUGCACUUUUGGCCCAUAGCGAGAUAGGAUAGAAGUUUUCAGAUCAGCUCCCAAUGAGAUUAGUAGAAUCUAAUGAGGAGAAUCAAAAGAGAGGUUGCCAUAGCAGUCAGUGGUUUUGCCUGGGACAGACGUGGCGCACUUGAUUGACCUUGCUUCCGGACUAGCUUCUCUUUUCAUACCUGGCACGGCAGAUUGAGUGAGUGAGUCCACUGUUUACGUUACAACUAGCAGUAGCGUGUCAAUUCUAGUCAGAAAAAAAGCUUUCCAUUGAUUCAUGAUAGUGCCGUGCCGUGCCGUACUCAACUGGUAUCAAAAGUGAGAAAUAGGCGAUAUUCUCCUAAAGAAAGGACGGUUGGAUUUUAUUUAGACAGAUUAUAAGAAACCUUUUUGGAUCCUUAGCGAAACAUCCCUUAUUAUUAAAUGCAUAUGGGCUUGACUUGAUGGUUUUUGAUGAAGUCGGUUCCCACUUUUCCAGUCAGGUUGGGAGACUUUUUUAGGGAAUUGACUCGUGUUUGACUUGAUCUGUCCACUUUGCAUUACUCUCUUUUUUCGAGCAUUACUUUCUUUGUUCAACUCAUAAGUGGAGUGUGUACGACUCCGAGAACAGUGAUCGAAUAACCAACCUCUUUCCUUGCGUGUUCAUUUUCUUUCCUUGCUCUACUUUUUGGCGAGAAAAGAAGAGCGAAGUAAAACAAUGAGUACCUGCCCUAUAGGCAGCAAAAGCCCUCAAUCUUUUUUUCUUUUUUCUAUUUGACCACCAUUUUUUUCUUAUUUCAACGCUUCUUCAUAAAAACGACUUUCAUCAGUCCGACAUUAGAAGGAAAAGAACGAUGAAAGAUUCCAACUUACUUCACUCAAAGAGUAGAAGCUUCAUCCUCCUAGCGAGCCGAGCCAGCCGAACUCAACCUUUUCUUAUCUAGAACUGCCAACAGUGGAAAGCAUACCACAUUAUCUCCAUUCCAUACUGAGUCCACAGCCCAGGGCUUUCUUUAAUAGCGGCUAUCCCCCGGAGAAUCCUUGCAUUUUGUUGAAAGGAAGCCUCCUCGGCAUGAUUUGCACGACCGAGGUCUUACUCUUUCGUUAUGCUUUAACAUUUCUAUUUUAUAUGUUAUUGGAUAUUUCAGUUAAUUACUUUCAUUCCCGAGGCUGGAUUUCCUUACUCAAUGGAGAGCGAAGCUCCCCUCAAUUCUGGCCAGGAUUCAAAGACCUAUUCGGGCCUAGCCCUCCUUUUCUUUCUUUGUGAGGUGUCGACAGAACUCACUUCAGAGAUAGAGUGGCGGGUACUUCUGGGUCGUAUUCUCGCUCAGGGAAAGCUACACUAUAGGAAGUCAGGAAGUCAAACAACGGAAGCAGGUCUGGCGUAUCGGAUCAAUCUGCGACUGGCCUUUUAUUCAUAACAUUAGUAGUUACUCAUUGGGUGCCAUCAGAUGAACGAACUAGUUUUCCACAGAAGAGGAUUUGAGGUAGGGCUGCUAGAGAAACUGACAAGGAAAUCACAAGAAAUAGAGAUGCUUCACGCCCAGCCAAUCUUGAAAGCUUGUACAGAGAUCCAGAAUUGCAUCUUCAGAAGAAUAAUAAGCUAAGCGUCGCGUCGAAUCUGGACUGGAAAGUCUCUAGAAGGAUUUGCACUCCUACACUGCCUUAUCAACGGAUUCCUGAGAGAAGGGGCCGGGCUAUUCAUUCCUUCGAGGUGCCGCAGUAAAGGUAGACUAGCUUAUUGGGCAAAAAGGUGCCGUACUUCUCAAUUGUGAGACUAGAGCUUGAUCCUCUCUUACGAGAUUUCUAGUUCGAGAUUUCGAGUUUCCUGAAAAGAAAGCGAAGAAAGAGUUCUGUAUUGAAGAUGUCAACUGCCAACUGCGUGCUUUCCCCAAUUCUUCUCUUACGAAAUGGAUCGUUGAUUCCUACCACUGAUGGAUUUAUGCCGACCUUACCUUACCUUAAAAGGAGAAGGAACGGGGCUUCCAGAGUCUGAAAUGCAACUUCCAAUUGACAUAGAAUAGAAUGAUCCAACGAACCCAUACUCGUACUCGGGAAGGCCAGCUGGAAAUGCAGUGCAGUAAAGUAAGUAAUUCAGUAAGUAAUGCACUCAGUGCCAGUGCCGGUUAAGGGUCUAUUGCCAGUGCUAGCGGAAAGAACCGGGCUAUGCGCAGUGGAAUAGAAAAACGAAUAUCAGGAUUUCAUAGAAACUAAUGGAAAAGAUGGAAAUAAUACCGAACUCUUCUAUUGAUUUAUGGCUCAGGGCAGGUGUAACUUAGUGUGAUAGUCUAGUUUGUUUCAUUUAGGAGUGCGUAUAAGUGAGCUUGGUACCAUUCCAUCUUCUUAGCUGUAGGCUUAUUGCUAAGGAUCGAGUGUGGACAGAAAGGUUUGAUGAUCUAGGUCAUUAGUCUCCGGUUUCUCUUUAUGUGUUUGUUCGUCUAUUAUAGUAUAUACGACAGAUUCAUAGCUUCUCAGAUCUUUAUGCGGGCGCAUACAUCUCGAAUCCCUCACCUAAGAAGGAAAGCGAUAGCCAUCCAUUUCUUAUCCUUCGGCCAGGCCGGAUCUAGAUUAGUGACCUUGCUUCUUGACUUUCCCCUGCUUGUUCAAAUCAUGAUAUCCUUGCCCUGUAGGCAUCCCUCAUACGAUCCGAUCUACUUUGAUUGUUUCAUAGCAUAGGUUUGUUUACAAGAAGUGGUAGCUUUCUGUGUUCCUAGCUUGAUGGCUUUUCUUACAUUCCUAUUUCCACAUUCCUAUAUUUCCUUUAUUUUCAGGUCUGGCACUGGGCAUAAGUUUUUGGUCGGCGGGAAGAUACACCCAGCACAUAUGUUUUAGGUCAGAGUCCCAUCCUACAUUGACUAUUUCCACACUUUAUAGAAAGCAUUUGGUACAUUGGGCAACCCGUUUGAUCACACAAGAGAUGAAAUGGAAUUAUUCUUGGCAUAUUUCCUAUCAUUUCACUACCGAGAUCUGAUCAAUAGGAGGGCUCACCCGGGUUCUAGUUCAAUCACUCCAAUCCAUCUUUUCUUUUCUCGGGCCAAGAUGCAAUAGUUUACCGGUCUAGUUCGUUUUCCCGAGAACCUACCUGCCCUAAGCGAAGAAUGCCUAUUCUGGACCAAUUUCUAAGGGAAGAAGAGAAGGUUUGGCACCUGCUUCGGAGAAAUGGUUUCUAAGUACUGGGAUCCAACCAGUUUGCUUUUUCUGACAGCACCUGGGAAAGAAGUAUUCAUUGAACAAGAACAAGGAUCUACUAGUCCAACUUUCAUUCCAAUCUCUAUUCCUAUCAUCUCGCUUUUUCGGACAAGUUUUCUUCUUAACACAGGAGAACAGGAGAUGCAAUGUCGUUAGGGCCUUCUCGGUCUCCCCAACUAGGGGAAACCUCAAAGCAAACAUCCUUCUUCGGACAAGAACUGGCCCAUCUGCAUCGAACUAUUCGAAAUCUUGAAUCCCAUUUCCCUAAUCAAAAGGGAGGGAAGGCACUUAUAGCAAAGCAGGUACGAGAUAUCGUUUCUACCAAAACCAUGCUAUCUACCAGCACCAUUCUUGGCAAUUGAGAGAAGAAGCAGUCUACCGGAGCGAGAGAACGAACCUAGCGUUUUGAGCCCUUGGAAAACAUCAUUGAUAUAUGCUAACCCGGAGAUUUCUUGGUUCAUCAUGCUAUUGCAGAAGGUUUGCAUGCAACUACAUUGAUUUUAGUAAAGGGUGCUUUAGAUGCACUUUUUUAAAAUCGAUUAGCUUUCCGGAAAUUUGACGUAGAUUCAGAAGUGGAACAGGACUAGUUAGUGCUCAGGUUUGCCCGUCAACUAAAAGCAAGCAAGCUGUUUGGUAGAUCGGCGUAUUUCAAGGAUCGGAUCGGCGUAUUGAAACAGAGAUCUCUGGUGCUGGUUAGAUCCCAAGCGUGCCAUCGGAUUCUUUAGUUUAGCCACUAGGCGAGAGGGACUUUUCGAAUCAACCAUCGACUCUCCUGAUCUCCUGAGGGAAAAUAGGGUUGCCUAAUUAGUUGUGGCCCUAAGGGAAAUCCACUUUUUCUUCUUGGGUAUCGAGGGCAAAUCCGGUUGUUGAGUGAACUCGUGAAUCAAACAAAACCCUUCUUCUCGAACUGCUAGUGACCUACCGGACUUAGAACCUGGCCUGGCUUUCGAGAGGAGAGUGAAGUGGAAGCAUGAGUGCUUACACGAACGGAAGGAAGUAGAAGUAAGCAAGCCAUAUUUCGACCCGCUUCAUUGAACCUUAGAAUGGCAAGUGCUCUUCCUGAUGAAGCCCGGAAAAACGAUCUGUAGCGACAAGCAAGAAAACAAACCUCUUUUCUGAUGAAAGUGAUUAUGGCUGCUAUGUCUCCUACCUUGCUAUCGAGAAUGGCAUUUCCAUUCCGGAAGAAUGAGAGAGAGGGAGUCUUCAACCAACUUCCUUGUUUUCUUAUCCGGGCUUAAACCAGAAACGAAGGAUCCUUACCUGCCACUACCAUAACUUUACUUAACUUAACUGCUCUUGUCAGCUAAAAUAUAUAGGACUCUUCUAAAGCAAGGAACACUUCACCAUCACCUGCAUCCCAUCAAGCAAGGCCUAAACGAACGCACCAGUACAACUACAUUAACUGCUCUUGUACAAAAGGCAGAAAGAAACCUCUCUACUCAAGCACUAGGCUAUACACUGUAAAACUAGACACACUCUUAUCCUUUCAGGCAGUGAUACCACUUCUCUGCAAGGCCAAAAGGAAGGUAUGAAGCAGGGUUGUUAUUUAGGAGUAGGAGGAUGAAGAAGAAGUUGUUUUUGUUAGAUUUAGGAAAUAGGAAGAAAGCAGAUGCUGGAUCCGAAGCAGGUUGCUAUUGGAGCUAGAGGAAGAAGAAGAAGAAGAAAGCAGGAAGAAGAACAAUAAAGUUGUUAUUUGUUUUAUUUAGGAAGCUGGUUUUAUUAAGGAAGUAGUAGCAACCACUCCUCUUUUCAUUAGGUUAUACCAAUCACCCAUACCAGAUACGAAGGAAGCUGUACCUGUACCAAUUCCCUGCAAGGCAUCUUCAAAACCUAGCAACAAAAACCAAUACCAGCCCCGCACCUUCACCAAAACCCAUUCUUCUCAAGGAAGGUUCCUGUACCUUUCCAUUACUAGUAAAAAGAUAGCUAUAAUGAUAGCACUUCCCUUCAAGGAACCAACCAUUAACAAUACCUGUACCAAUACUUAUCAAGCUUGUAAAGCUAGGAUAAAUGAUGCCACGCUUCUUCCCUUCCCUGAACGAUCCAUUACAGGCUACCACUACUGGCUACCUUUACUUUAAAGCACUGUACUAGACUAGAGUAGACUUCCAAAACAGUUCCUACUGAUCCGUAUACCAAUACCUUACUUUUAAGAAACGAAAGUGCAACGGCUUUCGAGUAAUAAAGAACCUACUUUGCCAGCCUUGAGAAGGGAAUGACCCUAGAGCCCAAGCAAACCAUCUACGCAAGGCCGAAAACCCGCCAAUCAAACCGCUAAAGCAAAUGGGCAAGAAGGUUGAGCUGAUGUAAAUAGUAAAGGUCGGAAGCUCUAGCUUAUGAAGACUCAUGUUUUGUCUUGCCUGUGUCAGCUUCCAUCUCCCGAUGUUGCUACUCGUAUCCAUUCCUCCGUCUAUAAACGACGUAAAAAAGAAGUACCAUUCUUUCUCAAUACUAGAUUCCCUUAUCCAGUGCAAGAUGAAGGGAUUUAGUGCUCGGAGGGCAGAACCUGUCUGUCAAUUGGGCCCGAUCUAGCUAAUAAGAAGCAUCAAUAGAAUGGAGUGGAGAACGCAUAGACUCACAUCCCCAGCCUUACAGUAGACAAGGUUGUCGGAUCCACGGCUCUGCUAUUGGAAGCACUACAACGGAUAUCAUACUUCAUGGGCGAGGGGAGGAUGAGUAUGACAGGCCGAUACCAACUAGAAUUCAAAUCUGUAUGCCAAGAGUUUGAUCAACUUAUUCAGGUGGCCAGAUAGAAGUUUUUAGAGAAAAUGGAGCCGGGUUUCCCUUUUUCCCAAGGGGAGACUGUGCCUAUGGCCUCUCUUUCUUAACGCUUACCAGGGUCUUGACUAUCUCAUCGAAGAGUGGUCUAGUCAUGCCUCGGAUUCUUGCUUCAGCAGGAAAGAGUGGCAGAACUGACUCACAAGCAGGCGGACAAGCGUCGUUCUGAAAACACCAUUCUCGAAUCCAUCCUUGCAAUACUCAAGCCAAGCUAACAACCCUGCCGCAAGAAAUUCCUAAAGAGGAUCUUUGUUACUUAUGGAUGCAAGAGAAAUGGAACCAAUUUCCUCCUAGAAACCAAACUACUUACUAACCGCCAAUACGGACAGCUAAGAACUAUGGUGAUACGUCCACAACAUCUCGAUAAGUGCCAGGUCAUCUUCUGUGGGGAACUGCCCACAAUGAAGUUCCCGCAGCAAGUGCCGGAUUUGUUUAAAGGAUUUUGGAACCCUCUUUUUCCUAACAUAAGAAACCCAGCAUAGUCCCACUAGAAAGGAUUAUUAUUGAUUCCACUUACGGGUCUUUACCAGGGCAGCACAUAAGAAGCAAGAUCCGUCUGUAUCUUUUUCCUUGGUUGGAUCGAUUUCUGGAACAUGGUCAACUGACAUGCGCAGCCAAGAAUCUCUUUUCUAUCCACCCACGAGCCAAUCAAAGCGAGAAACGAGGGAAAACACCUUUCCUCUGCUCAUUCGAAAUUGGAUUCUCGAUUUAUCUGCCACUCCUUUCGCCCGGAUGUGGCGGGAGUUUGAAAUUGACCAAUUUAGAUCUCCUUUUUCUCUGUACUUUACAAUGAUUUGUGUAACAAGUCGCUGAAUCCGCUCUUUAAUACUGGGUUAUCACCGACCUCACCACUGGGUGUGCAAUAGAUUUAUUGGAGUGGAAUCAAUAGGAAGACAAGGCUUUCAAAUAUGGAAGAAGUGGGCUGGGCGGUAGAACACCAUCUGAACUAAUUGGCAUACCUUGCUUCUGAAGAGCUAACCAAGGUUUAUGGCAUCGUGAACGAUAAGCGAGGAUCUAGGAAGCUUAUCCAGGGGUUCCUUAGACGGAGGCAACUUAAGUCUCUGAUCAUUUAGGCGUAGAUAUUUCACAAUUCGCUUUUGACAAUGGAUUGUGGAUUACCGGGAAAACUAAGACAUUUACAUCAUCUCCCUUAACAGAAGAAAUAGAAGCUCGAGGUAUCGACAGAGCUGAGCAAAAGCACCAGUGCGUAUGGUCCACGUGACUGAUGGAUGUGCAAAGCUCCGGAAUCUCCUACGGGGAUGAUGAUCUCGUACUAGGAUGAUGCGCUUUGUUUGCAUUCCCUUCGACAGAAAGAGAUAGCAACAAUUCGGGCUAACAAAGGGACUAGAACCGACUUCUUCUUCUUUGAUCUUACCUAUGAUAAAUGAGAAUCCGCUGUCUUGUUUGGUUGAGGAUGAAGCAGAUCGGAAAUAAUAGUAUUUCAAUGGAAAUCCUGUUACUACUUUACUUUCACUUCACUUUUCAUGGCGAGAUAGACUUGACUCUCCAUCUUCAAGUGGUCUUGGCCGAUAGGCGUUGUUGUGGCGAAACGGCAUAUAUCUCCUUCGGUUAGCUAGCUACCUGACGUGAUAAGGCUACUAGUUCCCUUCACUCGUGCCUACGGCGCACUUACCCAUAGCUAUUGCAUGCAAGCUCAAUCUUCUAUCUCGCAUUGCUACACGCUCGAAACCGCCAAUUCGCUCGUAUUGCUAACGCAACCUAUAGAGUUUGGGGAGUGCGGCGCGGGGAGUAUGAUGGACGAAGGAGUGAGAACGACUGACGAUAGAGCAGGGGGGCUAGCCUGAAUUCCUUCUCCUUUCAGGAGAGCAUACCUUUAUUUUAUUCUAUUCCUUCGACGAACAAUGUACUGAAAUGCCUUUUUUCCCCAUCCCGCAAAACCGCUUCUUCUGGCAAAAGCCACUUUGGGCACGUCCCACCGGAAUUGCAUUGCCUGGACUUAGGCUGCUUUCAGCCAGACUGGCUAAAAAGUGCCAUAGCUCCAGUGAUCCCUCUCCUGUGCUAAGUCUUUGUCUCAAUGACUGCGAGAUUGCUAAACAAUGACUCAAUAGAAUGCUAAUUGAUGAGGCCUAUCCUUCCCCUAUUUCUAUUCUGGUAACCCUUCUUUAGAGCGGAGCAAACUCCACGGAAAUCCGCUUACCGAGGAAAGAGAAGUAGCGGGAAGGGUGCCCAGCAGUCACUCAUAUCAUGGGAUGCACUGGCCACUCCACCUCAUUGGCAAGGAUGGUUCAACCAGCCAUCAAGCAAUCGUUUCUAUUCUCGAUCCAAUAAACGGCAGUAAGAUGAAUGAAACCUUUGUCACUCACAAACCAGAGACCUUUCCAGCUUUCCUAACAGAGGGGAGCACCGGCCCGGUGGAAAAGCAAGAGAAAAAUCGACUUCUUCAAAAGGAGACCACUAUCUUCGGCAAAUCAAAUAUAGAUCGAGUCAUGAAGCAGGCUCACUACCUGGAAAGCGUAGAUCGGCACCGGCAACUCAAAUGAAUAUCCCCUCCCCUGUGGGAUCGAGUUUCUAGGGCUUGCUUGACUUGAGGAAACCACUAUCUAUGACGACUCAACCGACAAGCUCACUUGCUUUCGAUCGAGAUGGAUUUCCAGGGCAGGGCCUAUUCCCUUAACUUACAAGAAAAUGCGUAUUACAAUGAUGUGAUGAUUUAGGUUCUCUGGCGUAUUGUGCAUGCCAUGAUUGAGGAAUCAACGAUCCAUCGAGGCGAGGCUAUCUAUAUAGUACUGGAAUAGGGGCAAGCCCGGCACACUUAAAGCCAUUCCAACAAUCUUAUUCGUCGUAAGCCCUUCUAGCAGGAGCUGAGUAAAGGUCCGCUCAAGGCCAUGGAAAGGCAGAUAGUACUUGAUACAGGACGAGCCCAGUCUCUAUCUAGUACGAUAUUCUGGUAUGUUUCACUGAAUUGGCAUUUCUAGAUACCAAACAAGUAAAAAACAGCAAGUUAGUUAGCUCAGUUGGCAUAGGCGAAAAAAAGAAAAGGAAUCAACGAUAAAUCGGGGAAAGAGCCGCAAGCGCGAUAUCAUCUCUAUAUAGGAAAAAUGGAUUUUUCUUAUUUUAUAAAGUUAUGGGACCCUGGCUUUAAAAUCUUUCUUUUUUCUCGGCUCGAAAGAGAAAAAUCAAAGUCAGGUAGCCGACGAAAACCGAAAUAGCACAGAUACAAAGUAAAGAAAGUAUACACGCGAUAAUAGAUAGAUAUAUAUUAUAUAUAAUGUUAGAAGGAGCUAAAUCAAUAGGUGCCGGAGCUGAACUCGUAUUCAGAGAUGGAGGAAAUCAAGUCUCAUGUUGCUCCUCAGAAAAUGCGUAUAGUAUAUAGUAAUAGUAAUAGUAAUAGUAAUAGUAAUAGUAAUCUCAUUGGCCCACUAGAUAAGGAUGGGACAAACGCUCUAGUGUAUGCGAAACGAGCAUUGCGUUUUGUCCGAGAAGUUCGUGAAAGAGUGCUCGUUACAUCAAAAGAGAUGGCGAUGAUCUGUCAAAUCGACAUUGUGUCGGUGUUCAGUCUCCCGCUCCUGUUCUCAACUAUACUAUGGCUUUCGUUACUAUACUAUGGCUUUCGUUGGGUAGAGCACGGGAGAAUAAAGUCUAUAGUGUAUGCGUUACUGUACUGGGAAGCUAGCAUUUUUGCUUGUCAUGGAAUCAAGUCUAUUUGUUCGAAUGUUCUUUUUUUCGUUUCGUUGGAAAAACCAACGCCGACGUCAAGAAUGGAUCAGUCUAGUCUCCUUUCUCUUUUGGGAGCAGAGCUGAAAAAGAUGGAAUUGUCAAGUACGAUGAUAUUUUUAUUAACGGAUAGAAAAAUGCUAUUAUCAAGUAGUAAACCCAUUAUGAUUGCAACUCGUGGGAUGCCUGGAAUCCCACUAAAUCGAGAAUCGGAAUCGGUGGAGGAUGUGCAUAGGGUACUCCGAGCCCUCCCCUUAUUUAGAGAAAUGGAAGGUAUCUUGCGUGAGAGGAACCUGAAUCUCCCGUCAGUACAGGAAAUAAGCGCUUUCCGUGUGAAUCUAUUCUCUGGUAUCCGGCGUGAGAGUGCGAUUGCGGACUACGACGCUUUUUGGCGCUCCUUACUCGAGGAGAUUCACACACCUCAGGGACGUAGUUGUUUUGGUCAGAGAAUACAAGAUCUGCACGCCCGAAUGUCUGCCGAGGGCAACUGGGACUACUUGAUUGCCCAACAAGGCAGAGGGUAUUUUGGUAACCUACCUAAUCUCAACAGCCCGUUGGAUCAAUAUCAAUUUGGAAUUCACCCAAUUCUGGAUCUGAAUAUUGGUGAGUACUAUGUCUCAUUCACAAAUCUAUCCUUGUCUAUGCUACUCACUCUCGGUUUGGUCCUACUUCUGGUGCUGCCAAUGAUUCUUCGUUCAUUAGAAUGUCGAUUCCUCACAAUCGCUCUUUGUGAUGCUGCGGAACCAUGGCAAUUAGGAUCUCAAGACGCAGCAACACCUAUGAUGCAAGGAAUCAUUGACUUACAUCACGAUAUCUUUUUCUUCCUCAUUCUGAUUUUGGUUUUCGUAUCACGGAUGUUGGUUCGCGCUUUAUGGCAUUUCAACGAGCAAACUAAUCCAAUCCCGCAAAGGAUUGUUCAUGGAACUACUAUCGAAAUUAUUCGGACCAUUUUUCCUAGUGUCAUUCCAUUGUUCAUUGCUAUACCAUCGUUUGCUCUGUUAUACUCAAUGGACGGGGUAUUAGUAGAUCCAGCCAUUACUAUCAAAGCUAUUGGACAUCAAUGGUAUCGGACUUAUGAGUAUUCGGACUAUAACAGUUCCGAUGAACAGUCACUCACUUUUGACAGUUAUACGAUUCCAGAAGAUGAUCCAGAAUUGGGUCAAUCACGUUUAUUAGAAGUUGACAAUAGAGUGGUUGUACCAGCCAAAACUCAUCUACGUAUGAUUGUAACACCCGCUGAUGUACCUCAUAGUUGGGCUGUACCUUCCUCAGGUGUCAAAUGUGAUGCUGUACCUGGUCGUUCAAAUCUUACCUCCAUCUCGGUACAACGAGAAGGAGUUUACUAUGGUCAGUGCAGUGAGAUUUGUGGAACUAAUCAUGCCUUUACGCCUAUCGUCGUAGAAGCAGUGACUUUGAAAGAUUAUGCGGAUUGGGUAUCCAAUCAAUUAAUCCUCCAAACCAACUAAACCGGGGAAGCUGAAGCGGAAAUGCAAUUCUCGGGUGAGGGAAGGCUUCGCUCGCUCGCUCAAAAAGCUCUAACGCUCGUUUACGAGUGGAGUGCAUAAGCCCUUAUUGAAGUAGGGCGAGGCCUUACUACACGAGCUCGUAAGUAAAGCACGGAACGAGCCUUGUCUACGAAGCUUCGCUUCAUCAUCUUGCUUGCUUCUGCCGAAGCUUAACGCACUAUAACAUAGGCAUGCAUGAUGGUAUGGUAGGAAGACUCCUUUUAAGGCCGACCACUACAUAGGAGCGAUAGGAAGCCAAGCCGUCAAAAGGAAAGGCGAGCAGCCCUUAUUGCAAUAGCAAACGGCCUACUUAUAGCCCUAUUUAUACCCUUUAUCGGGGACGGGCCUUACAAGCUCAAUAAAUUGCAAUUCUUCACCUUUUCCUCAGACAGUGGGAAUGAAUUUUCUUACUUGAUUGACAUUGACAGAUAUGUGUACCACACCGAACAAGCAAUAUGUCAUAUGCUUGAUGUACCAGCCAAGCCAGCUCUUUUUUUCUCCGUUCCCUUAUCCUUAGCGCUAAAGUCAAAAUAAAAUGCAAGAGAGUUUGUAUUUGCAAAUGAAAAUGAAUAUGGAUCUAAAAAAAAUUAUAUAAUCAAUCAAUAAAUAAUAAUUGGAAUAAUAUAAAAAAUAUCCUUCGCGUAUUCGUUUAGAAUCUUGUUGACCCUACUCGCUUACUCCUAUUUUCCUGCUUUCUUUUUCGACAGAAUUCAUUCUAUUCUAACUUUCUUGAAAGAAUGGGGUUCUGGGCUCACCCUCUCUUCCUUUUUGAGAAAGAUGGGCUGCCCUGGGAGUCUCGCCUUGGUGAUUCUUUCUCUCUUGGGGGUCUUCUUCGGUAGCGAAUCCGCUCUCAUAAAUUGGAUGAAUUCUUCUGGGUCGGCUUCGGGAUCCGCCUCUGAGAGUUGGCAAAAGUACCUCAACUUAUCGGAGUCGGAGGAAAAUGCCGCGUCCGAACCAUCCACAAGCCACACCCCGCCGAACCCUGAACCUGAAGCACCAUCCAUUUCGUUCUUGCGAGAACGAAUCAAAAAUGUUAUUCGCUCAUGCCAGCGUAUACGAAAAUAAAAAAUCCUAAAAAGGAUUAACGAAGAUCUUCACCUUGAAACGGCGAGCGCCGAGAAGCGGGUAAAAAUCGCCCAGGUCCUCGAUAACAUGAACUGGAAAAGGGUUUUCUUUUAUACCUAUACGGGGGAACCUAAGAUAAAGCCCAUAUCGACUUAACGGUCCACGAUUGGGAUCGCGCACGAAAAGGCUAAACACAGCCUUUUUCUUGUCCUCGGGACAGCGGGCUAGUCCCGUGCCUGUUUUUUUGAGUUGGGGUACACAAUCUUCCUUGUGACUGCCAAACCAGAUUUCCGUUUUUAGGGAGAAGGUGUAGUCUUUUUGAACGGUGGUAUCGUCAAGAAGAACGAGGCCCGCCCCAUUUCUGGGGCGGGGGGAAGGAGAAGUGGGACUGUGGGUCUCCUUUCAUUUCAUACAA